CAAGGGAAUUAUGACGCAAAACUUAAAUGUUGCAAACAAAGACUCAGUAAAAGGAGUCCAGAUUGACACUACGAUGGCUGAUACAGAAGAAAUAAAGCAGUUAAAUGUAGCUGAUGACACAUUUGUUCAUAUGAUCAAAACUUCUCAGAAAUCAGAGGGUGAGAAAGACAAAAAAGCAACUCUUCCUAUCCCAAGGCCUCGUGUAAAGAAACGUCUCAGUGGGUCCUUCCCAGAUGACUUUACAGCUACAGAGAAGACAUCUCAGUCUGGAGAGGAGGCAGAAGCAGCAAGGCAAGCUGUCCCCAAGGAACUGUCAGCGGUUCAACACAACCAAGACUUUCCCUCUUGUCUGGGUGUCCAACCUCCUACAUCUGGAGAAAAGGAAGCUGCUGUAAAGUUAAGGAGGAGCAAACUGACCAUUAAGAGCAGUGGUCAAGUAGAGGAUCAUAACACUUCAGAGAACACAUCAGGAACCUCAAUCUUGCUUGUACCAAAACCAAGAGUAAAGAAACGUCUCAGUGGUUCGUUCCCAGAUGACACAACAAUUUCUGGCUCACCACCCUCAGGCCUGUCAGACACAGAACCUGACACCACUGGUCAUGAACCAUUCCGACAGAAUGAACAGCCAAACUUGCCUGUUCCAUUGCGUCGAGACAAGAAACGUCUCAGUGCAACUUAUUCAGAUGGCACACCGCCUGCAGAUAAUUUUUUCCCCAUACAAACAGAAUCUUCUCAGAGAAGCACAGAGGAUACAUGGACCACUAGCCAGGAAGCAAAGGAAGGUUCAACAUCACUGGAUUCAAGUGUGAUUUCUGAAGGAGGUUUUGUCAGCAUCCAAGGAGAAGAUUAUGUUGCAUCGGAGGUGGAACGUGACGGGUUAACAGUAUUGGGAGAGGAAGGAUUUGCUCAGUCAGACUCAGUAGAAAAUACUGACACAGAGAAGGCACUGGAUGAAAUAACUGAAGGCUGGACCUUUACAGAUAAACCUGGUGUUACAGAUGACUCAGAGCAAGCUACAGAGGCAAUAUCUGAGCUGGCUGACAUUGAAAAAGUCCUGGAAACAGAGGUUGAUAUUUCCAUAGCUACUACUGUUACAUCUGUUCAGGACGACUGGCUGCAUGUGGAGGAUGUUAAAGGCAGUGAACCAAUGGAAAUAAAGAAGGAUAUGAGGGAUGAAGAGUUGGACUUUGGCUUUGUGACUGUAGAUGUAGCUGCUGGUUGUGUAGAGGAAGAAAGGCAAAAAGAGAGAGCUGGAGAAUCUUCAGGUGAGCCUGUUCCUGUGCUCCGUGGCAAGAAGCGUUUGAGUGGUUCUUACCUAGAUGACAAGUCACAAGUUUCUGGUUUCCACCCAGCCAGUGAACCAACAACACCUCAGAAAAGACCUACAGAUGGGGCUGCCUCUUCAGAAAGUCCAUCGGGCAGUCCAAGAUUAGUGACUUCCAGUCAGUCUCUACUGGAAUGGUGUCAGGAAAUCACACAGGCUCACAAAGGAGUGAGGAUAACCAACUUCAGCACCUCCUGGAGGAAUGGCCUGGCCUUUUGUGCCAUCUUACAUCAUUUCUGCCCAGAGAAGAUUAAUUAUGAAUUACUGGACCCAUAUGACAUCAAGCACAACAACAAAAAGGCCUUUGAUGGCUUUGCAGAACUUGGCAUUUCCAGGCUGAUGGAGCCCUCUGACAUGGUCAUGUUAGCUGUGCCUGACCGUCUCAUUGUCAUGACCUACCUCAGCCAGAUCCGCACCCAUUUCAUGGGCCAGGAGCUCAGUGUGCUUCAUAUAGAUAAGGACAGCAGUGAGUCCAGCUAUGCAGUAGCAGCAGACCGGGAGAUCCACGAGGACACAGAGGAAACUAUUCGCUACUGUGCACAGAGGCUUCAGGAAGAGGGUAUAGCUCUUGAGACUAAUGGGACUGCGGGUACAGCAGAGGACAGUAAAACCAGUAGGGAUGUGGUUCCACCUCCCAGAACCAAACGGUCGCAGGUUGCAGGGGCAGGUGGGGCUCAGGCACCGGUGGCACCACCAAGAACUCAUUUCCUGUCCAAAUCAGGUUUCUCUCAUGUCAAAGAUGCAGAUCUGGUCAAGAAGCGUAGGUCACAGCGGAGGAGUGGGUCAGUAGAAGAAGGAGAACUAUCAGUGGCCAUUGCAGGACAGGAAGACAGUGUAACCCGGAACACAACAGAAACUGGAGAGGCUGUGGCUGAGGAGGGAAGACCAGAGGGCCAGGAUCCCAGACAGUAUGCACUGAGUCAGUUGGAAGCCCUGGAAGUGGAACAAAACCAUAUAGAUAACAGAGCUGGAGUGGUAGAGAGAAAACUCAGACAGCUGAUGGAAACAGGCAGUGACAAGGUGGAGGAGGAGAGGUUGAUUCAGGAAUGGUUUAUGCUGGUCAACAAGAAGAACGCCUUAAUCAGGAGGCAGGAUCAUGUGCAGCUAUUGCUGGAAGAACAAGACUUGGAAAGAAGAUUUGAGUUGUUAAACAAGGAGCUGAGGGACAUGAUGGCCCUUGAAGAUUGGCAGAAGACUCAGGCUCAUAAACACAGGGAGCAGCUGCUCCUUCAGGAAUUGGUGUCACUGGUCAACCAGAGAGAUGAACUGGUCCACAACAUCGAUGCGAAGGAGAGAGGAGCUCUGGAGGAGGAUGAACGUCUGGAACGGGGCCUAGAGCAGCGGAGGAGGAAGUAUGCUAAACAGCAGAAGGAGAAGUGUGUAAUGCAGUGAUUCUGUCGACCACUAGCACCACGUGCUGGUUCAUGUUUCUGAAAGAAAGUGCAUGAUGACAAAACCAAGGAUGGAAUGGUUGUGUUGAGUCCUCUCUCGUCUGCAAAUUAGCAGUAAUAAGGCAAACAAAGCUGAGCCAAGGGAUGUAUUUCUACACAUGGAACCAGUAUGAGGCUGCAGUGUAUUCCCAAUAGAGACCUGAAUGGUCCAAAACCAGAGUGAGGUUCUGGAAACUGUCUCAAUCAACUCGAGUGUUAUUUUUGGUUUGCUUUUCCAUUUGAGUGUCUUCAAAGUGUGGCAUUAGGCUCCAUUUUAUGACCAAAGAUCAGAGUAGUUUAAGUGGCGUCAAUGUCUUGUCCAAUUACCCACUCAGCAAGAGAGGCAUCAAGAGAGCCGCUUGUACCUUUGGACUGUUUGCAGUUUCUGUGCUGUGUUUUUAAGUUGCUACAGAUUGUGAUUGUAGAUAUAAAGUGUGAAAGUGUGUAUGAGAGUGGAAAUGUCCGUUACAGUUUGGUACAGAUAUGAGUUUUCAACAGAUUAGGGUUAGACAUGUUGAUACCUAAGCUUUGGUACCAAUACACCUGAAAUUACAAUAGAAGAAAGCCUGAGAAAUCAUCCCAACUUUACAAACCAUGACAAAGCACGUAGAUUAUCUGUAAGACCAUUUUCAGGUCAGCCACAGGUUUGGUGGAGGUUAGGAUAAUGUUAGGAAAAACUACAUGGUAGGUUGUAGCCUAGGUUAAAAUACCUACAUAUUAACCUUUUUGGUCAUGGUUACAAGAAACCAUUGUGACAAUCAGUAGGAAAUAGGAAACAAACAGUCAUUGCCCAAUGCCAUCAAGACUCCUCAAUCUACUCUAACUUCCUGUCUUUGUGGGUUUCAUUCACACAGCCACAAAAAGUUCUCCUUUGGGUCAACAGAAACAUAGGAUCAUGUUAAGGCAUUUUCUUGUGAAGCCAGUCCUGAAAUGCCACUGAACAAUAAAAGUGACAUGAGUUAUUUCUGAGUUCUGUGUUUGCAGUGACUCUACCAGACUCACCUUUACAAAAGCAUCCAACAUGAGCCAUCAGACAACCAGACAACAACAUUAUUUAAACCACAUAUUACACGUAACUGUCAAUUUGAUGUGAUUGUAGCAUCUUUCAAAGGAUUUUGCAGCUUAAAUUGUUGUCUUCUGUGGUGUCAUUUUCAAAACAGCCACCUGAUGGCGACGAAGCAGAAUAUUAACAAAGCCUAUAGUUUUACAAUUGAAGGGAAUUUUACAUCACCUUCCAUUUCACUUCCAAGUAAUUUAGUUUAGAAUCUACAGUUCAGCACUACCUGCCAUACUCACCAUGUCCCCCCAUGCCUACCUUUAGCAAUUAAU